AUGUCGGCCAACUCAUUAAGUCAUCUCCUCCACGCCAAUGCCGGCCCCGACGUCCACCGCACGCCCGCCGAGCCAGACAGCGCUGCCAAUGGGUACGCGAUACCAUCGCCCAACGGCCGUCCUGCGCCGUCUCUCCAACCUCAGCAUCAUGUUGCCGUCGGCCACAUAGCCAGCCCAUAUACUACCGUGCCCCCGCCGCCCCCGCUGCCUCUCCCGCCUACUUCGAUCCCCCAAGCGCAGUCGAGUGCGCCGACUACGCAGCCGUCCGGUGCGCAGCAUGCGACUGCCAGCGCGCUUGGUUUACAGACUCCAGCAGCACGAAGUCAUACCCUGACUCAAAGUUUGUAUCAAUGCGCCGACUGUCAAAGACGUUAUUCUCGCCCUGAGCAUCUGGCUAGGCAUAUACAAACACAUACCCUGGGUAAACGAUUUUCUUGCCAAGUGUGUGGGAAAGCAUUCGCCCGGGCCGAUCUAUUGAAGCGACAUGCUGCAAAUCACGAAAACGAUGGAGACCCGUCGAAAAAGCGCAGGCGGACGGACACAUCCCCCAAUGCUGGGCGUGUGUCUCAUGCAUGUAAAGCCUGCGCGACAGCUCGUGUAAAAUGUGAGGAGGUGAAGCCAUGUACUCGAUGCCGGAAUCGCAAGUUGACUUGCGAGUAUGCCUCGUCAGAGGCUGGAUCUGCCGCCGCCAUGCACCUAUUGCAUUUGUCUGCCCAGGCCCAUUCGAAUGUGGACGAAAUCAGCCAGGUCAACUACCCAAACUCUGAAGGUCGCGGUUCGUCUGCCAUGGGAAGCCCAGCAGCCGGAGGGAUCGCAUCGAUCAAGCCCGAGGACAGCCAAGUCACAGGACAGCUGCCAACCCCCGAGACUGUUGGUGAACAGCCUGUUCAGAUGCAAUCCUUUGUAAAUCCGCCUUAUGUCCCCAAUAACGGCGUGGUGGACAUGACGAGAAUGCCGUUUACUGAUUUUCUACGGGAUGUGCUCUACGAUGGCUCCUUAAAUACUGCGCGACCCGAAGAAGCACAGGGGUUGGCCGUAUUGGACUUUUGUGACGACUUGAAUUAUGAGCUCACAGAUGUGGACUUCGGGCUGCUUGAUCAUUGGAACUUGGACGAGAAUAACCGGAACGGUCAGGUCAUCACACAAGCGGCUACGCCACAGACGGACGAUUCCACGGUGGAUAUGUCACAAAUGAGGUCACACCUUGCCAAGAUAUGGACCAAUUCCCCGUGGCGCUGGAUACCUCAGGAGAGAGAUUCUUUAUACGCCGAGUAUGGAAAUUUACCGAUUCCGCAACGUGAUGCGGCUAGUGAACGAUUCCAGGAGAGACAAAAACAGAUGGACCGCGUUAUCAAGGAAAAGGUCGACCCCGCGAGUCGGGAUAAGGUACUGAGCGUUGUAUUGCAGUCCUUGAAGUCUGAUUCACUAAGGCUGCGCGUCGCCUCAUCAUUUCCUUCUACUGAUGUAGUCGAUACCCUUGUGCACAUGUAUCUUGCCGCGCAUCUGUGUUCUGUCAGUUCCUACAUACAUUGGGGCACCUUCAAACUCAACAAGCAGCAGCCAGAGUGGCUUGGUAUAGUUCUCGCUGCUGGUGCUGUUCUGACUCCAGUGUCGGCUUUACGAAGAUUUGCGUUUUCUAUUCAAGAAGCGAUGCGCAUUGCUAUACCUAAUAGAUUCGAAGAGAACAACAAUAAUACUCAAAACUUGGGUCUUGUACAGACACUUGUUUUAGUCCAGGACUUUGGACUAUGGAGUGGCAAUCGACGUAAGAUGGAGAUUGCGGAAUGCCAUCUCCUUGUCCCAACUACGAUGAUGCGAUAUCGCGGUAAAUUUCAGCGCUCAUCCUAUCCUCUCAUUUCUGUUGAGGCAUCGGACGAGGGGGAUGUGCUCGAAGAAAAAUGGCGACGAUGGCACGAGUUGGAAAGCUGGAAAAGGCUUGUAUUUCAUUGUUAUUUGCGAGAUGCCGAGUCGUCAAUGAGUACGCUCGCGCCACCGACAAUCUCGUAUGCGGAGUUGACCCUGCCGCUUCCGGAAGCAAAGGAGCUAUGGUUUGCACGGAGCGCGACGGAAUGGAAGAGACAGUGUCUGGCCAGAUCCUCUGGUCAAGGCAGAAGACCACCAUCGCUGCCAGAUCUCAUUCGGGACAUCAACCUACUCACCGCAAACUACCAGCGUUUGGACGCGCAAUACGCAAUUUCAAUCUAUCUGCACUGCUUCUGGAAUCUUAUACUGGAGUGGCGGCAAUUGAGUUCGGUGCACCGGCUGAAUUCCUUUGCAACAAACUUCUCGGCUGGCCCACACCUACUUCUCAAUGGACGCCAUCAGGAACUUUGCAGAGCACUUCAGACAUUCCAGGUGGUGACGUCGGAUUGGCAUGCAUCACUGUCUGCUCAGGAAAGCUUGCUGCUUAAUCUUCUGAUGAUGAACCUCCACGUAUCAAUGGAUGACUUGCAUCUUUUUGCCGGAAAGGAAGGAGAGGAGCAAGCGCGGCGCGUUUAUCCAGUGCUGCAACAAUGGUCAGACAGUGUUGACGCGCGACGAGCCAUCUGGCACGCUGGUCAGAUAUUACGACAAGCAAAAUUAUUUCCCAAUGGCCAUUUGAAGGACUUUUACGCAGUCUGUGUGCACCACGCAGCACUGGCAAUAUGGGCAUUUGGAGUCGUUGUCAAGGCUACGAAGCACGAGUCCACGCCCAUGGAGAACCAGGAGACUGUACUUGUCGAUGGACUAGAGUCCAAUCAUGUACAGCGCUACAUCAGCUUUGGACCGGGGCGCCCAAGCAUUCGCACAAGAGAUGAGCAGCGCACCGAAUGUAUUGAAGACCCAAAGGCCUGCAUGGAAAUUGUGGAGGGAAUUUUCAGGGGAAACUACAGCAAAGGGGAUAUGCUUCCACCCAUCGUCGAGAAUCUUUGCGGCCUGCUCAGACAGCUAGCAGGCGCGGCUUGGGCAGUGGGACUAGGCUAA